CUUUAUUCUUCCUUGAAGCUAAAACAGAAGACCAUAGAACUAACACGAGCAUGUCAGAAGCAAUAUGAGCUGGAACAGGAAUUGGCCUUCUAUAAAAUUGAUGCUAAAUUUGAGCCACUAAAUUAUUAUUCAUCAGAGUAUGCUGAAGUUGAUAAAGCCCCAGAUGAAAGCCCUUACAUUGGCAAAUCCAGAUACAAGAGAAAUAUGUUUGCCACAGAGAGUUACAUUAUUGAUAAUGCUCAGGUAGUACAGAUCAAGAAGAUGGAGCCAGAUGAACAACUUAGAAAUGAUCACGUGAACUUGAUAGGCCAUGCACCACUGGACCUGCAACUGGAAGACAAAGGAAAAAAAAUAAUUGCAGCACAAACUCGACUAUCAGAACUGCAUGACGAAAUAGAAAAGGCAGAACAACAAAUUUUGAGAGCUACUGAAGAAUUUAAACAACUGGAAGAAGCUAUACAACUAAAAAAAAUUUCAGAAGCAGGGAAAGACCUUCUUUACAAGCAGUUGAGUGGUAGACUACAACUUGUGAAUCAAUUACGCCCGGAAGCUUUGGAUCUAGAACUGCAGAUGGAAAAACAAAAGCAGGAAAUUGCUGAAAAGCAGAAGGAGAUCAAGGACCUUCAAAUAGCCAUAGGUAGACUGGAUUCCAAAGACCCAAAACAUUCCCAUAUGAAGGCUCAAAAGAGGGGUAAAGAACAACAGCUUGACAUUAUGAACAAGCAGUACAAACAACUUGAAAGUCGUUUGGAUGAGAUACUUUCUAGAAUUGCUAAGGAAACUGAAGAGAUUAAGGACCUUGAAGAACAACUUACUGAAGGCCAGAUAGCAGCAAAUGAAGCCCUGAAGAAGGAGUUAGAAGGUGUCAUCAGUGGCUUGCAAGAAUACCUGGGGACCAUUAAAGGCCAGGCAACUCAGGCCCAGAAUGAAUGCAGGAAGCUACGGGAUGAGAAAGAGGCUUUGUUGCAGAAAUUGACAGAAGUCAAGCAGGAGAGAGACCAACUGGAAAUAGUUGCCAUGAAUGCAGAAAAUAUGAGGAAGGAGCUUGCAGAGCUAGAAACUGCCCUCCAGGAGCAGCAUGAAGUGAAUGCAUCUUUGCAGCAGACCCAGGGAGAUCUCAGUGCCUAUGAAGCUGAGCUAGAGGCUCGGCUAAACCUAAGGGAUGCUGAAGCCAACCAGCUCAGGGAAGAGUUGGAAAAAGUAACAAGACUUACCCAGGUAGAACAGUCAGCCCUUAAAGCAGAACUUGAGAAGGAAAGGCAAGCCCUGAAGAAUGCUCUUGGAAAAGCCCAGUUCUCAGAAGAAAAGGAGCAAGAGAAUAGUGAGCUGCAUGCAAAACUUAAACACCUGCAGGAUGACAAUAAUUUGUUAAAACAGCAACUUAAAGAUUUCCAGAAUCACCUUAACCAUGUGGUUGAUGGUUUGGUUCGUCCAGAAGAAGUGGCAGCUCGUGUGGAUGAGCUAAGAAGAAAACUGAAAUUAGGAGCUGGAGAAAUGAACAUCCAUAGUCCUUCAGAUGUCUUGGGGAAAAGUCUUGCUGACUUACAGAAACAAUUCAGUGAAAUUCUUGCACAUUCCCAGUGGGAAAGAGAGGAAGCACAAGUUAGAGAGAGAAAACUCCAAGAAGAAAUGGCUCUGCAGCAAGAGAAACUGGCAACUGGACAAGAAGAGUUCAGGCAGGCCUGUGAGAGAGCCCUAGAAGCAAGAAUUAAUUUUGAUAAGAGGCAACAUGAAGCAAGAAUCCAGCAACUGGAGAAUGAAAUUCACUAUUUGCAAGAAAAUCUAAAAAGUAUGGAGGAAAUCCAAGGCCUUACAGAUCUCCAACUUCAGGAAGCCGAUGAAGAGAAGGAGAGAAUUCUGACCCAACUCCGAGAGUUAGAGAAAAAGAAGAAACUUGAAGAUGCCAAAUCUCAGGAGCAAUUUUUUGGUUUAGAUAAAGAACUGAAAAAACUAAAGAAAGCUGUGGCCACCUCUGAUAAGCUAGCCACAGCUGAGCUCACCAUUGCCAAGGACCAGCUGAAGUCCCUUCAUGGAACUGUUAUGAAAAUUAACCAGGAGCGAGCAGAGGAGUUACAGGAAGCAGAGAAGUUCAGCAGAAAGGCAGCACAUGCAGCCAGGGAUCUGACCCGAGCAGAAGCUGAGAUCGAACUCCUGCAGAAUCUUCUCAGGCAGAAGGAGGAGCAGUUUCAACUUGAGAUGGAGAAAACAGGUGUCGGUACUGGAGGAGCAAACUCACAGGUGCUAGAAAUUGAGAAACUGAAUGAGACAAUGGAACGACAAAGGACAGAGAUUGCAAGACUGAAGAAUAUAUUAGACCUCACCGGAAUUGACAACAAAGGAGGCUUUGAAAAUGUUUUAGAAGAAAUUGCUGAACUUCGACGUGAAGUUUCUUAUCAGAAUGAUUACAUCAGCAGCAUGGCAGAUCCUUUCAAAAGACGAGGCUAUUGGUACUUUAUGCCACCGCCACCAUCAUCAAAAGUUUCUAGCCAUAGUUCCCAGGCCACCAGGGACUCUGGUGUCGGCCUUAAGUACACAGCCUCAACUCCUGUUAGAAAACCACGCCCUGGGCAGCAGGAUGGGAAAGAAGGCAGUGGACCUCCACCUGCCUCAGGAUAUUGGGUUUAUUCUCCCAUCAGGAGUGGGUUACAUAAAUUGUUUCCAAAUAGAGAUGCAGACAGUGGAGGAGAUAGCCAGGAAGAGAGUGAGCUGGAUGACCAAGAAGAACCCCCAUUUGUGCCUCCUCCUGGAUACAUGAUGUAUACUGUGCUUCCUGAUGGUUCUCCUGUACCCCAGGGCAUGGCCCUGUAUGCACUACCUCCUCCCUUGCCAAACAAUAGCCAACCUCUCACCCCUGGCACUGUUGUUUAUGGCCCACCUCCUGCUGGGGCCCCCAUGGUAUAUGGGCCUCCACCCCCAAACUUCUCCGUCCCCCUCAUUCCUAUGGGUGUUCUGCAUUGCAACGUCCCAGAACACCAUCACUUAGAGAAUGAAGUUUCUAGAUUAGAAGACAUAAUGCAGCAUUUAAAAUCAAAGAGACGGAAAGGAUGGUGGAUGAGAGCAUCGAAGUGGCAGUCUGAGAAAGAAAUGGAAGAACUGCAUCAUAAUAUUGAUGAUCUUUUGCAAGAGAAGAAAUGCUUAGAGCAUGAAAUAGAAGAAUUACAUAGAACUGUUCAGAAACGUCAACAGCAAAAGGACUUCAUUGAUGGAAAUGUUGAGAGUCUUAUGACUGAACUAGAAAUAGAAAAAUCACUCAAACAUCAUGAAGAUAUUGUAGAUGAAAUUGAGUGCAUUGAGAAGACUCUUCUGAAACGUCGCUCAGAGCUCAGGGAAGCUGACCGACUCCUGGCAGAGGCUGAGAGUGAACUUUCAAGCACUAAAGAGAAGACAAAAAAUGCUGUUGAAAAGUUCACUGAUGCCAAGAGAAGUUUAUUGCAAACUGAGUCAGAUGCUGAGGAAUUAGAAAGGAGAGCUCAGGAAACUGCCGUUAACCUUGUCAAAGCUGAUCAGCAGCUAAGAUUGCUCCAGGCUGAUGCAAAGGAUUUGGAGCAGCACAAAAUCAAGCAGGAAGAAAUCUUGAAAGAAAUAAACAAAAUAGUAGCAGCAAAAGACUCAGACUUCCAGUGUUUAAGCAAGAAGAAGGAAAAACUGACAGAAGAGCUUCAGAAACUGCAAAAAGACAUCGAGAUGGCAGAACGCAAUGAGGAUCACCACCUGCAGGUCCUUAAAGAAUCUGAGACACUUCUUCAGGUCAAGAGAGCCGAGCUAGAAAAGCUGAGAAGCCAGGUGACAAGUCAGCAGCAGGAGAUGGCUGUCUUGGACAGGCAGUUAGGGCAUAAAAAGGAGGAGCUGCAUCUACUCCAAGGAAGCAUGGUCCAGGCAAAAGCUGACCUCCAGAAAGCUCUGAGAAUGGGAGAGACUGAAGUAGCUGAGAAGUGUAACCACAUUAGGGAAGUAAAAUCUCUUCUGGAAGAACUGAGUGUUCAGAAAGGAGAACUGAAUGUUCAGAUUAGUGAAAGAAAAACCCAACUUACACUUAUAAAGCAGGAAAUUGAAAAAGAGGAAGAGAAUCUUCAGGUUGUUUUAAGGCAGAUGUCUAAACAUAAAACUGAACUAAAGAAUAUUCUGGACAUGUUGCAACUUGAAAACAAUGAACUACAAGGUUUGAAGCUACAACAUGAACAAAAGGUAUCUGAAUUAGAGAAGACUCAGGUGGCAGUGCUAGAGGAGAAACUGGAGUUAGAGAAUUUGCAGCAGAUAGUCCAGCAGCAGAAAGGGGAACUAGACGGGCAGAAGCAGCUCCUUGAGAGGGAUAAACGAGAAAUAGAACGAAUGACUGCUGAGUCUCGAGCUUUGCAAUCAUGUGUUGAGCGUUUGAGCAAAGAAAAGGAAGAUCUCCAAGAGAAAUGUGACACUUGGGAAAAAAAGUUGGCACAAACCAAAAGGGUUUUAGCAGCAGCAGAAGAAAAUAGCAAAAUGGAGAAAUCAAACUUAGAAAAGUUGGAAUUGAAUGUCAGAAAACUGCAGCAGGAACUAGACCAACUAAACAGAGACAAGCUGUCACUGCAUAAUGACAUUUCAGCAAUGCAACAGCAGCUCCAAGAAAAACGAGAAGCAGUAAACUCACUGCAGGAGGAACUAGCUAACGUCCAAGACCAUUUGAACCAAGCAAAACAGGACCUGCUUCACACCACCAAGCAUCAGGAUAUAUUGCUCAGUGAGCAGACCCGACUCCAGAGGGACAUCAGUGAAUGGGCAAAAAGGUUUGAAGACUGUCAGAAGAAAGAGGAGACAAAACAACAACAACUUCAUGUGCUUCAGAAUGAGAUUGAAGAAAACAAGCUCAAACUAGUCCAACAAGAAAUGAUGUUUCAGAGACUCCAGAAAGAGAGAGAGAGUGAAGAAAACAAAUUCGAAGCCAGUAAAGUGACACUGAAGGAGCAACAGCACCAGCUGGAAAAGGAAUUAACAGACCAGAAAAGCAAACUAGACCAGGUGCUCUCACAGGUGCUGGUGGCUGAAGAGCGUGUUAGGACUCUGCAGGAAGAGGAGAAGUGGGGUGAGAGCCUGGAGAAGAUGCUCUCCCAAACCAAAUGGCAGCUUUCAGAAAGGGAGCAGCAGUUGUCGGAGAAGUCAGGUGAGCUGUUGGCCCUCCAGAAAGAGGCAGACUCUGUGAGGGCAGACUUCAGCCUCCUGCGGAACCAGUUCUUAACAGAAAGAAAGAAAGCUGAGAAGCAGGUAGCCAGCCUGAAGGAAGCACUUAAGAUCCAGCAGAGCCAGUUGGAGAAAAACCUUCUUGAGCAAAAACAGGAGAACAGCUGCAUACAAAAGGAAAUGGCAACAAUUGAACUGGUAGCCCAGGACAACCAUGAGCGGGCCAGGCGCCUGAUGAAGGAGCUCAACCAGAUGCAAUAUGAGUACACGGAGCUCAAGAAACAGAUGGCAAACCAAAAAGAUUUGGAGAGAAGACAAAUGGAAAUCAGUGAUGCAAUGAGAACACUUAAAUCUGAGGUGAAGGAUGAAAUCAGAACUAGCUUGAAGAAUCUCAAUCAGUUUCUUCCAGAACUACCAGCAGAUCUAGAAGCUAUUUUGGAAAGAAACGAAAACCUAGGAGAACUGGAAAGCUUGAAAGAGAACUUUCCAUUUACCAUGAAUGAGGGACCUUUGGAAGAAAAACUGAACUUUUCCCAAGUUCACAUAAUGGAUGAGCACUGGCGUGGAGAAGCACUCCGGGAGAAACUGCGUCACCAGGAAGACCGACUCAAGGCCCAACUUCGACACUGUAUGUCCAAGCAAGCAGAAGUAUUAAUCAAAGGAAAGCGGCAGACAGAGGGCACUUUACACAGUUUGAGGAGACAAGUCGAUGCUUUAGGGGAAUUGGUCACCAGCACCUCUGCAGAUUCAGCGUCGUCACCCAGCCUGUCUCAGCUGGAGUCUUCCCUCACGGAGGACUCUCAACUUGGACAAAAUCAGGAAAAGAACACCUCAGCCAGAUGAGGAAUACUGUCUUGUGUAAAUAUAUUCAAGGAAGACACUCCCACUACCUCACUGACUUCAUAAUUGGAAUGUCACUUGGUUUUUUAAAUCAAGAUCCAGUGAAGUGAGAUUCUGAGAUUUAUUUUGCUUGUACCAUUAUUUUUGUAAAUCACUUGUACAUACGGGAAUAGUUGCAUACAGUUUAAACCAACAUCCUAUGUGGCUUUUUUUUUUUUUAAUCUUUGCAAUGUUUUUUUAAAAACCGUGAUUUUAACUGCAUAUUUGAACCUACAAACAAAUCUUGUUAAAAGAAUGUUCAUAAGGCCUCUUUAUAGUGUUAUUUUUGAAUUUUGCUUAAAAUCUGUUUUUCAUAUGAAAAUAAAAGAUAAUUAACUUGGGUCUGUCAUCUGACUUUACACUUCACAAUCUAUCUGUGGAAAAGCAGUCAAAUUUUUAUCUUAAUUCCAAUUAAGUAAGCUUUCAGUUGGAUUUAUUUUACCUGGAGGUUGAAGAAUGUUAUCAAUGAAGGGUUUCAUCAUUUGGAAAUUUAUCAGUUAUAAAACUAUUAUGCUUCAGAUGCCUUUCCUCAGCCAACAUAUUCUUUGUACCUUGGAGAAUCUGACCCAGUGAUAAAAAUUCAGUGUUGCCUUUUAAAAUUUUGAACUACCAUUAAUUAACAGCUCAACUCCACGAUGUAUACAUUUCUUUAAAAACUAGAAUAGCAACUGCUCUCACAGUCUGGCAGAAUUAUUCCCAAGGGGAAAAUAUGUAAUAUAUUAGGUUUUAAAAUAUUCUCAGGAACUCUUUUCUAGAUCACUAGACAGCUUUUGAGUCAUAAAUGGCAUUAUACCAUGUUACUAGAGUACAGAACAGCACAGUGCAGUAAUCCCUCACCAAGGUUUUUAUUCCAAAAACAGUUAUUUGGCUAGAAGUGGACUGUUGAGAUAUGGGAUCAAUGGUGUUACAAUAAAGACAAUGAAAGAUGACAUACAAUUUAUUAAUACACAGUAAGUUGUAGAAGACAUCUACUUCCAAAACAAAACUUGAUUUCUUUUGUAUUUACAUUUUUUGUUUCACUCUUUCAAGUCUUAACAAAAUGCUUAAAGGCCUGGCCUAGUCACAAUUAUUGACACCCUUCUGGGACACAAUUUUCUGGGCCUGUGUUGAAGGAGGAUAAAUUAUCUUUUCUCUAAAAUGCCACAUGAAGCCUCUCUAUACUCCCACAUGAACAGGAAUGGAAGGUAAUUAUUUGGUCUUUAAUUCUGUUUAAGGGAAUGAACUGAACCACUCAUCUUAUUUUUUUAAAAUCACACUUAAAACAGCGGACAGACAGGCAAAAAAGUUCCCCAAAACUAUUGUCGUAAGGAAGUUGAGAAGGGAGGUAAUGUAUGAAGCUUAACAUCUGGUUUCAAAAGACAUCUUUCCAAAGAAGUUUUACCUCUAUUACGUACACACCACCAACCAAAAUAAAAAAAAAUUAAAAAAAAAAGUUACUCCAUUAAACACUUAUCCAUGAAAAAUACUUGAACGUUGUACUGGAAGAUCUAUUUAAGCAUAAAUAGUACUAAGCACCAGCUACUAAUCUGAGGGCUGCCUCAUAGGUGCAAGGGCAAUCAGUAACCUCAACAAGCAGGUGACCACACAAGCAGUAAGCUAUGGAUUAAAAAUUAAAAGGAUUUCACAUUCUUUCCAAAGGGUACUGCCCAGUGUCUGGCACACACGUUACAAUAUGACAAUUUGCUCUUACUUGUGAGCGCCUGAGUUUAUUAUAGGGGAUUACACAUGCAUAUGAUAGAAUCUGGCUCCCUGUAUAAAGGAGAAAACUACUGGCCAACAAAUGUGCUACCUUACACUGAAAAAGACUGACUGAAAACAUUUCAACGGUGAUACAAACACAAGAAUAAAACUGGCUCUAUUAGCGAUGUGGUUUUAUACGCUAAUAUGUAGACCCUCUUUAUACAAUGAAUAAGGACAGUGCUGUAAUAAAAACUGAUGACUCAUGUCAAAUAAUUGUUUGCCUGAAGAAAAUAAACCCUAUUAUAGUUCAGAAAAUAAUGCAACCAAUUUUAAUUUAAUCUAGAUACAGGUACUUUAUUUACAAAUAUUUAGAUUAAUAGCAUUUUGUUACAUCAAAUGAAGAGUACAGCAGUCUGCAUAAAUCCUUCGGUCACAAAAACAAUAAAACCCACUGUAACUAACUUUGGAAAUCAGGGUAUUGCACCUAAACAAGCCGCAGUCUUUAGUUUGUGAUUGCUACCUUCUAUCCCAAUGGGUGGUUUGUUUGUUUUGUUUUUGUAAAUACACACACACACCAGCAGGUCAUGGUCCCUGGGUGAAUCUCUUGUGAUGCAACAGUGUAAGCAAAAUGGAUCACUUAAGUCUUUAACAGAACAUACCAAUCUACUCCAGAAAUCUUAUUUUUAAAAACGUUAAAGACAAAAAUAAAGAUGAAUCCACAAAUUAAACAAAUCCUAUUUUCUGCACAUUCCAGUUUUGGCUUUUAUUUAACAUUGACUAUACAAUACUCUGGUACUACCACGUUUACAACCCAGAAAGAUGUACUUUUAUGUUAGUGUCUGUAAAGAGGGAUUUAAAAUGUGUAUUUUAAACACAGCAGUUAAAGUGAGUGCAUUCUAUAUAGUACGCUGAGGUGUUACCUAUUCUACUUAAAUUCUCAAUUCCCAGCCACUGAAUCAUAAACGCAAUAAAAAAAGGUCAACAGAAGUGAAUAACUUAAUAAAACAUGUUUGUUGUCUAAAGAAGUAAGACUGUUUCUCUUGCUAUUCAGUAUUAACUCAGUGGCCAAACCACCUAGUGCAAAGUAAUAACUUACUUUGUAUCAGCACAAGCACUAAAACACCUUUAGAAACACUUUCCCUUUUACAACAAUUUAUGCCAACACAACAUAAAAUAGCCCCUCAUACUAUGAACACAGGGAUAUCUUAUUUUGCUGUAGUGUUAAAAAUGCACAAUUUAAAAUCCCUUAACAGCAGACCUGUCGUUCUGACUGUCCAGUUCAGAAUCUGACCAUUCCAAGAAGAUAAAGGUAUAAAAGCUUAAAUGUGCAAUAAUAAACCCAGCCUUUUUUCUUUUUCUAUACAGUAAGGCAAGAAUGCAGCCUGUAAUGCAAAAACGUUUACAAAAAGAGAAAAGCAGGUUAGCACAUUGUCAAUUGCACAAGAACAGUUAAGAAAAUCAGCAGGUAAGCAGCAGUGCAAAGAUGGAACAGAGUCUGCUAGUGUUAAUCCUCUGAUGCUAGGAGCUCUUUCCAGCAUAAUGUCCCCAAACACUGCCAGCACCAAGGGGUGGAGCCAGUACCAUUUGUGAACUGCAGUUGUGUCUAUUUCUUUGUGUGAAAUGGAAGGGAAUAACACGGUCACAUAUAGGUCAUACUGUACAAACUGGUAUUUUAUACUGUUCCAAUGCCAGUAAUCAAUUUAUUUUCUUCAUUAAAAUAAUAUACACAGAAUGUAUUGUUAGUUCAAUUCCUUCAAAUUUUAUACAUAUUUACUUUCUGUUAAAGAGAAAAGGAUAAAAUGGUAUAAAAAAAAGAUAAAGCUAUUAAUUAAGCACGAGAGAGAAGAUAAAUGGAUAUUUUCCCUGUGCGAGGCUAAGACAGAAGCAAACCUCGUCAAGAAAAAUGCCACGCACACAACAGGAAAUUUCUCCAACAAAAACAAAACAAAAGCAGUUACAGAACCCCUUCUCUAUCAUCAGAAGUCAUUUCACAGCAAUAAACUUACUGGUUACAACAGACAUACUUGAACAGUUAAGGAUGGGAAGAAAGGCUUAAGAUAUCAUCAAAUUAAACCGUAUAGUGAUACAAAGCCUUGCCAAAGACGGAGGGUAAAAAUCAUGAAGUCCAGCAUCAGUGCUCAGUUUAAAUCAUAUAUUGGUGACAUACCUAUCACGAGGACAAAGGGGAAAAAAAGUCUAGAUUUACCAUGCAGGAGAGAUUUAUUACUCUACUUGCCUUUGAUAACCUGAUUACAUCUAGUUGUUUAGCAGUUUAGUAUUGUGUUAAACUGUUUUUACAACAGAGUUUUGUUUCUUUUUCUUUUUUAAUUAAA